AUGGCAGAUCCAUUAUCAAUCGCCGCAAGUAUUGCGGGACUAGUUACCUUGGCCGAUAUUGUUUUCGACCGGUUGGUCAAGUAUGGGAGGUCGGUCAAAAAUGCCGAAAAAGAGAUUCAGGAUCUCUCUAGAGAAAUCAAUCUUCUUGGCGGUUCCCUCAACAGUCUAUCUCGACUAGCUAGGUCGCUGGAAGAUGAAUUAUUCGACAAAAACCUCCGAAUACAUCACAUUGAAGCGUGCAACGCUACUCUGGCGGAAAUGGACAAGAAAUUGAAAAAGCUGGACAACCCUUUGAAACAAAAGCUCAUGUGGCCGUUCAAGACAGAACUAGUGAAGGGAUGGCUCGAGGAGCUAAGCCGACACAAGGAGAACAUCAACCUAGCUUUAUCUGCUAACUCCAUGGAUGCGAUGCUGCGACUGUUGGCACAGGAGGAACGUCAUCAUGCAGAGACUCUUUCCGAGCUCAAGGAGACUCGUCAGAUCAACAGUCGUAUUCAGCAGGAUGCAAAACGGCGCAAGGUCCUAGAAUUCUUUCUGAAAUACAACCCCCAGAAGAACUACGAUAUGAGUCUUCAACUACGGCAUCCAAGAACCGGACUUUGGCUUAACCCACUUCCUGAGUUCCAGCACUGGUUAUCGACUCCAAACUCGAGGUUAUGGCUGAAAGGCAUCCCAGGCGCUGGGAAAACGGUACUGGCUGGAUCCAUAAUACAAGCGGUCUUGGCAGAGAGCACGGAAACGAAAGCAUCCGCGUUCUUCUUCUGCGACUACAAAGAUUCAAGUACUCAGGCCAUUGAAACUAUUCUAGGGGCUCUUGUCUACCAACUCGCCAUCCAGAAGGAGGAAGCAUAUGAAAUGCUAGAGCGUUACUAUCAAGAGCUACAUCCGCUGAGAGGCUUGCCCAAAUCUCCCAAUGCCAUAGGACUGGAGAGGCUCCUCAAAGAGAUGAUUGAGCUGUACGGUCAAGUUUUCUUGGUUAUUGAUGGGCUUGACGAGUGCGGCAAGCUCACAGAAGACGUCGUCGAUACCCUGUUUGAUAUUUCAGAAGAGACUGAGAAUGUCUCUAUGGCCCUUUUGAGCCGUAACGAAGAUGAAAUUCGAGAUCGCCUGGAAGAAGACUUUGUCACGAUUGAAAUCGCAGCCCAUAAGGAGGACAUUACAGAGUACGUUACGGCAGAGAUUGAGGAAAGAAUACGGAAUCGGAGGCUACGCAUUGAUGGUCCAGACUUAAAGGGAGAGAUCCUUGACGGUUUGAUUAAUGGCGCGAAAGGAAUGUUUCGAUGGGUAGCCUGUCAAUUGGACCACCUUGGGGAGUGUGACUCGGAUCAACAAUGCCGUGACGCACUCAAGACCCUUCCCCCCAAUCUUGACGAGACGUAUGCUCGUAUCUUGGAAAGGGUCCCACAAAGCAAACAACGGAUUGUCCAACUCGCUCUGCACUGCAUCGCAUACGCGUCGGUGCCCCUCGAUAUUGAUGAGCUGAGGGAGAUACUUUCUGUUCCGGAACCGGGAACAUUUCUUCACCCCCGAUCCAUCAUACGAGAGGAGGCUAUAACGAAAUACUGCAGUAGCCUUAUUCGAAAAUCAACUGAUGGAAAAGUUUUUGAGUUCUCUCAUUUUUCUGUACAGGAAUACCUUGAGAGCGGCUCCUUACCAAACGAAUCUCUCGAGGCUUUUCGCAUCUCCAAAUCCCGCGCCUAUUCUUUGUUGGCUGUUGAAUGCCUCAAGUUUCUUCAACUCAAGAACUUGGAUCGGUUCAAAAUCGACAUUGAGUUGUACGAAACUUGUGAGAGGGAAAUAUUGGGAGAAUUCAAGGCCUAUAGGCACUGCGCCUGGCUAUGGCCCGUGUAUGCGAGGAAUGAGUGGGAAAACCCACGGGUUAUCAAUCUUGCAAAAGCUCUUUUCCACCCACGCAAGACAACCUACUUCACACCCUGUGCGAUCAGCCUAGCUGAAUUCAACAGCGAAAACUCAGGCUUGGACACUGAUGAUAUUGCACCGCUCAUUACCGACCCUCAUUUCACGCCACUGCAUCUAGCAGCCGCUUUAUCCUUGCCACAAAUCUGUUCAUUCUUAUUGGAGCACAAAAUGGAUGUCAACCUCAAAAGUCCUGUAGGCACUCCUAUGCAGUGCGCAGUUCAGGGCUUGCUAUUUGUGACUACCAAGUUGGAUAUUUACGGCGAUAGAUACCUGGAAUGGUUCGUCCCCAACCCGGAACCCAGCUACGAAGUUGCUGCUACUGCUGAGACAAUAAAUCUUCUGGCCGAAUCUGGGGCUUCAAUAGACUUCAAAUGCAGCUUUCCAUUCCAGGGCAAAAGUCUAUUUCAGGCUGCACUUUCAGUGGCACGCCAGUCAUACACUUUAUUCGUUCCCAUGACCUUGAUUGAACGAGGUGUGCCGCUCGAGGAGACCGACAUUCAAAGUGCACAGGAAAUCAUGGACGAGCUACUGGACUUGUUCGAAGAUCAAUACCAAGACAGUCUAAAGCCGUUUAUCGAUGUGCUGGAUCGAUCUGUCAAUCAGUCUCCAACACAUCUUCGUCUAUGCUCAAUAGCAUGGGAACAGGCGUUAUUCCUGGAGCUAGACUUCACAUUUGACGCCACAACAAUCGAUACGAGAGUUACUCUAACAGAAGAUGGCCUAGCAAACCAGGCCAUUGCAGCAGUUGAAGUUGGAAAUCUGCAAGCCCUUCAGAGGAUAUUGCGCGACCCUCGCGUGGAGGCUUCGGCCAUCUCAGAUAGUGACGGAGACACGUUGUUACACUUGGCACUUGUCCGAGAGCGCUGCACUGAUAGCCUUGAAAUUAUCAAGCUCCUACUUGAUCAACGUUGCGACGUCCUCAAGCUCAAUUUGAACGGGCAGCAGCCGCUCCAUAAUUGGAACUGGUCGAUCCAGGACGAAGAGAAGACUGAGGAAGAGUCGAAGAUUUUCGAUGAGUUAGCCCAUUUACUCGCUACCAGUGGCGCUAGUUGUGUAUCCCAAGACCUGGAGGGGUGCAACGCUUUACAUAUCAAUAUGGACUCGCCAGUUCGUCUCAAAGCCCUACUGAAACACCACUCGCCCGACGACGUCAAGACGGCCAUGGAGUCCGAAAACAAUGCCGGAUACACCCCCUUUUCUCUGUCACUUGAAGAAGAAUAUCUACAAUCUGCAUUGAUCUUUACCGAGGAGGUCGAAAUCACACCGGCAGUGGUAAAAAGCCCAGAGUCAGUGUUACUACUAGCUGCUCGGGCAAAUGACGAAGGCAUCUUUGAGUUUCUUCUCCAGACAGGGAUUGACUUCUGUCUAAAAGAAGAGGAAAAUCCUUUGUACUUUCUGGGAACCAAAUCAACGGUUCACUUCAUCCGCCGACUGAAGUACCUGUAUCCUACGGCUUGUGGUUAUCACGUUCUCGGCAAAACGCCAUUGCAAUCUUACCUGGACGCCUGCCUAACCACUGACUCGAUAGUCAGUCCAGAUCCCGCGAUACUUGAUGAAUUGUCCAUCUCAGAUCUGUUUGCAGCCAACCACAACAAAGAUAACACUUGGGAAUAUUUCACGUCAAAAAUAGUAUCAAAUGUCAGAGCGUUUAAAAAGAAAGGAAAAUAUUCCGAAGAAGAUCCAGAAACUGCUCUUGGAUUGGCAGGCAGUUCCUUGCUACGUCUUGGGUACUUGGAAGCCUUCGAGUCUUGUUCUCAACAAUGCGGCCUUCUUCCGCUCCUGAGUCCCUUUGAACCCUUCCAACACCUCUUGGAUCUUUCACCAGUAUCGAGCGAUCUUCUCUGUCAGGUGCUCAACCGGACGAAAUACUGGUCUAGGGUGCAACGUUCGUCCCUCAUGAUUCGCUUACUACAAGGUGCUGUGAAUUCAUACGAUUACACUCUUGCAAAGAUACUUCUUGAGAAAGGCAUAAGUGUGCAUCAGCGAGUUGGUGAAUUCUCUGUCCUGGAAAGAUUCUGCUUAGGGUCGCCCGGCCCCUUUGACUUUGAUGCAAUGAUGGGAUUGCUCCUGGACCAUUCUGACAAAUUACGAAUGAACGAAACGAGCCUCGAAGGUGAUGGACUGGCACUGCUACACCGGCUGAACGCCCCAGGAGCAGAGACAAUUGCCGAAUCACUCAUCCAACGAGGAGCAGACCCGGAUUUGCGCAUGACUGGAAGUCCCUAUUCAACUCCUCUCGUACAUCACUUACUGGAGAAUCGGAUAGAGAUUGCCACAGCGAUUUUCAGAAAUGGGGCGGAUCCGAGUCUGGCAAAUCAUUAUGGAUUUGACGGAGUUCUCGCUGCGGCAUAUUGCGGUGCGGUGUCCCUGCUGGCCGAAAUACAUGCCUCAGACAGAGACAAGGACCGAAUCAAUUGGCAGGCUACCAGUCACCUGUGGCUAUCUCCAGGAGAAACCAGCGAGACUGACUACCGUCUCACUGGAGUUAGCGCAUUACAUCUAAGUGCUUCAGGUGGCUCCGUCGACACACUGAGUUUCUACAUCGACAAUGGCCUUUUGGAAAACCUCAACGUGAAAUGCGAUGAUUGGUAUACUCCUUUGCAUGUCGCGGCUUUGCAAGGGCACCUCAGCGCCGUCAGGUAUUUGUGUGCUCGCGGCUGUGAUGUCAAUGCCCGCACAAAGGAUGGAGACUCGCCGCUGCACCUUGCGGCCGAAAGCCAGACUUUGGAUGUCGCAAAAGCUCUUGUUGAGGCAGGCUGCCAACCGUUUCCCAACUUUUUGGGAAUUAUGCCAGCCUUUUACGCCUAUCAAGCCAAUGACGAAGUCAUGGCUGACUGGCUACAGUCAAUCGAGUCUAGCUCAACGUCUGGAGACAGCUCCGCUGCUCGGGAAAUUGUACCUGCCGCUACAAGAUUGCGUAACAGAGCGUUAGCUGGAGCAUUCGAAGAUGCCAUACAUCGAAACGAUCUGAACAGAUGCAAAGAAAUAUUCAAUAACGGCUGUUCUCUAGAGAUUUCUCUAAACAGCUGUGGCGGCUGCUCGCCCCUUAUCAAAGCGAUUGAACUCGGGAGAAUCGAGAUUAUCAGAUGGAUCUUGCGUGAGGGAGCAUCCAUAAUCCAGACAGUUUGCCAUUUUUCACCUGUCUUCCCGGCAAUCUACAUGUUAUUACAAAACCCCAAUAUGGUAGAAGUUUUACCUGAAGGUUUGGAGAACUACAUGAAGAACGGAGGAAAGGUUUUAGGAGAGUCGCCCUUGGUACACUCAAUCUUGACGAAAAACAACCUGCAUGGUUUGGGAGUUCUUCUGAAACAUAUAUGGGAGAACCAUGAGCAUUAUGGGAAAAUCCACAAUCUUGCCCCUGACGCAUUGCUUUCCGCGGUUGUCAACGAGGUAGACUCGGGUGGAAGGACACCUUUACAUCAGGCCGCAUGGCGUGGCAACUUGGCAGCUGUUCAAGUGCUGCUUGAAAAUGGGGCCGAUGUCAACGCCAUGGACGCAGGAACCUCGCAUACACCACUGCACUACGCGAUGUCGGCCCAGAAUUCACAGAGUGAUCCUAACUGCAGUGUCGGAUUAUACUUGAUAAGUAAGGGAGCAAACAUUGAGUGCCGAAACGGCUUGGGCCAAACUCCAAUCUUGCAAGCGGCAUACAACAGGCGAUUACCUAUCCUUCGGGCUCUGGUCGCCGCGAAGGCUGAUAUUCGGGCUCUGGACUAUCGAUCUUUUUCCCUUCUCCAAACCUUGCCGAAUAGCUUUGAAGGGAACACCGAAGUUUUUGGAGAGCUGGUGAAUCUCGGCCUUGACCCUCACAGAUCGAACCUUGUCGGCUCCUCGGCAUUUCACACAGCCAUAUGCCAAUCUUCUGCCAUAUCACUCCUACUGAAUAUGGACAUUCGGUUGGAAGAUAGCAAGCCAUUUCCCUGGGACGCUGAGUCGUCGGUUCAUUAUCCUUGGCUCACCACUGCAUACAAACUAAUCCGGAGGAAGUACCAAUAUCAGACACUCAAGGAUUUUGCAAACCUCACGCCACGUGGUGCAUGGAGCCCAUUGUGCAAGUCAGCAUCGCGCGGUCUUGUGUCUAUGAUGGAGAAUCUCCUGGACUUGGGUUCCGAUCUGGAUUCAGAAGGAUGUCCUCUUGGAUCAGCUUUGAUGGCAGCUUGUGUGGCUGGACAGAAGCAAUCUGUGGAGUUUCUUGUUCGUCAUGGAGCGGCACUUUCAUACGCCGGACCGAACGGCUUCAGGUCGGCCUACGAGCUCGCGAAAAAUAACACGAGUAUUCUGCAUUGGCUGUUGGUUGAUCGAUUCACGGACCAAAAGAAGCUGAAGGCAGGCUGUAAUCAUGGACAGGACAGCGAGGAGAGCCUCAAAUCGUUCAAAUGGGGCGGGCCCAUCAAGGCCGAAUUGGUCAUCAGCGGUUUGAUUGAAAGACACCCACGGGAGUCAUCCAAAGAGCACUGGGCGCGGCUUAUGCGGAAUAAGGCGGCGUUGAAAGGAGUUCUUCCAGUAAACCCAGCCAGCCGCACCACCCGACCUUCAAACUUGAUUCCACAGGAAUCCGUACGAGUACACCCAGGUGGCUAUGAAACUGGAAGGGAGGAGGUGGUUAAAGCCCCGGGGAGUUUUCGAGGGAUGCUGUUUGACGGUAAACUUUGGUACAUAUCGUAUUAUUGA